AUGGGUGCAAAUCAAGGGAAUGUAGUAAAUCAUGCCACCAACAAUGUCGAAGGGGCAGUGGCUGCUGAGGUCCCUGCUGAUCAAGGGGCUAGAAGUUUAAGAGAUUAUGUACUCCCAACUAUUAUAGGAGUGCAUUCAUGCAUCAGACCUCCAAAACUUGCUGCGAAUAAUUUUGAGAUUAAGCCAGCGAUUCUGCAAAUGGUCAAAUCUAUUAAUCAGAUUGGAGGCUUGCCUACAAAGGACCCUAACUUACACAUUGCUAAUUUCUUUAAGCUUUGUGCAACCUUUAAGAUGAAUGGGGUGAACGAUGACGCAAUAAGGUUGAGGUUGUUUCCGUUUGCACUAAGGGACCAAGCAAAUACUUGGUUGAUUUCCCUACAGGAUAACUUUAUUACCACAUGGGAGGAGCUUACUCAAAAGUUCCUUGCAAAAUUAUUUCCACCAUCCAAGGCUGCACGAUUGAGAGGGGAGAUUAAUAAUUUCUGUCAGAUGGAGAGAGAGUCGCUGUAUGAUGCAAGGGGGAGAUUUAAAGAGUUAUUAAGAAGGUUCCCUCAUCACAUGAUUGAAAAAUGGAUGUUAGUCAUUAAUUUUUAUAAUGGGUUAGGCUGUACUACUCGCACUAUCAUAGAUGCAGCAGCAGGAGGGGCAUUUAUGAGCAAGAGUGCCAACAAAGCUUAUGAUCUACUAAAAGAGAUGGCCAUGAACAAUUACCAGUGGCCUACUGAGAGGCAAAUUACAAAGAAGGUGGCUGGGAUGAUUGAAUUAGAUGCCAUCUCAAUGCUUAUAGCUCAAGUGGCAUCCUUGAUGAAACAACUACAACAGAAUAACCUCACAGCUCAAACCAUGCAAUUACAAAGUGUGUGUGAAAUGUGUGGAAUGGUGCAUCCACCUAACCAGUGUCCUGCAAUGGAUUUAAAUAACUUUCCUAUGGAACAAGUUCAAGCCAUAGGAAAUAGCCAAAGGCCAGCCAAUAACCCAUAUCCCAUGUUCUACAAUCAAGGGUGGUAG